AUGCGUGAGGAUUUAAAAGGACAGAAUCUCAGCUUUACGGAGAUAGCAAAGCUCGUGGGAGAGAAUUGGCAGAGCCUCGAUCGUGCAGAGAAAGAACCAUAUGAGACGCAGGCGCAAGAGCUCAAGGACAGGUACAACAGGGAUAUGAACGAGUACAAGAAAACGACCGACUACAAGCGUUACUCAGACUACUUGCACGAAUUCCGAAAGCGACAGGCUGUCCAUGACGCGCACAAGAGAGCCAGAGUCGACGGAGAUGGCAACAGCCGCCGAAGCGCCCCGAACGGGUUGCCUCCUACGCUCAGUACUGCCACUAGUACCACCGGCAGCAGUUCCGACAGUCAUUUGGGCAGUGAGCCACCACCGACACGCCAACAGAGACUGAGUUCGAUCACAUCACAGUCCGACUCCCAGGUUUCUCCAGUCGUUUCAUCUCUCGCUUUUCCGCGGCAUUCCGAUGAGGUGUCUCACUCGCCAAUGUCUGUGAUUCAUGACGACAGGUCGAAUAACCGACCAAGAGGCUUUUCCAGUCCAGCUAGCAGGGACGCACCCGAACAAACCGCGAGUAGCCACUUUGGGACGCGCCCCGGCGCUCAAUCAGACUUACCGCCUGCGGGGCAUGGACUUUCCGCGCUGAUGCAGCCGAGUGACAUUCGUGGGACGCUUGCCCCGAUGUCGCAUUCUCCGGAGGCCGGCGCGUCGAGUAUCAUGCCUGGGCGAUCCGACGACACCAGGUCUGGGCGCACAUCAAUCUCAUCACAGUUCUGGUCUCGACCUCCCUCUUUACUUGCACAGCAGUCAUCGACGGGAAGCGUGACGUCGCUCAGCUCAUUCGCUCAGCCUCGGACACCCAGCGAAUCUUCACUGCCUAUUCAUGCUCUUCUCUCAUCCAAGCCGGAGCCGCCGAGUAUGCCUAGCAAUCCAAUGGGUCUACCUGACAGCCAUAUUCCCUCAAAGCCUCCAGGCCUCAAUCAGCAAUACCCCGGUCGCCCACCGGGCGAUCCAGUCGUCGACGGACGCCUGCCAUAUGUCAAUGGUGUUUAUCCUCCUGGCAUAGUCCCCCAGGCCCAUCCUGUCGCACCCAUAACCUCUUCUGCGCAUCAGCCUGCCCCAACUCUUCCGAGAAUAGCUGGCGGUGCAGAUUCUGGUUUGGACGGCAUGAGCGCUUUAUUGCGCGCCAGUGACAUCGUGGGACGACCGGAACCUUAG